AUUGAAAGUACACCCUUUCAGGAACAAUCCGGCUUGUCGGAUUCUUUCCUUAGCUUGCACCCUUCGGCAAUGCUGGGGAGAGAUGUCAAUCGUAGGAACUCGUAGGAUUCCACUGCCGCUAGUCUUACGGAGUUAAUCCGGUAUGGUUCCGGUAUCUUCUCUGGUUCAAGGGUGCAGCACCGUUCACACUGAAAUGAAUGCAUCUUGCUGUGAAAGGAGGGACCACAACCUUAAUGGCUCUUCGGACCACCUCCAAGUUGCCGGAGAAGGUUUGAGAAGGCCAACGAACUAUCUCCUAAAAUAAUCUAACCCCUGCGUCUGCACCCCUACAAACAAGUUCCUGGUGUUUACAAGAGUGCUGGAAGAACAGCUUGCCCAUUCAGGUAGGCGGGGGAACAUAUUUUUGAUUCAAAUAUUCAGAGUAAUAGAUGCCUUUAACCUUAUAUUUACCUCAACUAAUCGUCAUAGGCUGUCUUUGAACGGGUGCCAAUGAAAGUCGAGAAUCCGGCCAUCAGGGUCUCAGCUUGACAAAUCAGAAGAGGUCAAGGGCCAUGACAACAACUGUUGGCUCCGAUCUCUCCUCCAUGACGGCCAAGAUCCAAUACACUAAUGAAUAAAGUCAGGAAAACCGUACAAGUUGCCGUACAAGUUGAUGCCACACCAUCGGAAGACGGAUCUUUUGCCAUUGAAUGCUCCGACAAAACCAACCAGCCGUCCACAGCAACUGAAACCAUUGAUGCAACUCUGGUGAACGACCAAGCCUCUAUGGAUAUCGCCUUUCUCUCGAUGCAGCAACUGCUUAGCGAUCCGGCAGCCAAGACAACAGCUGCUUCUUCCACAGGAGCUGCCUUGGAACCUUCUAUUGUAUCAGGGACUACCGAUCUGUUUGAGGGGGACCUUGGUGAUGAUGAACUACCUUCGAUUCUUAGUGCCAAUGGUGGAGACAAUCUGUAUGAAAACCUGCAGCUCAACGCCGUGGAUCUCGUAGAGGAAGUCCAAGAAGAAGUCCAGCAACAGGCUGAUGCAGAUCCGGAGGAUCCUACUUCUUUGGCGGCUGCCAUUGUGGUGGAUGGUGCAGGGCUUCCUUCUCCGUCCAAAUUGAUCUCAUCUUCAUCCAAAGCCGAGCACCACAACAAGACCCUGGAGCAACAGAAACCUCUAGUUACCACUUCCGCACCACUCACCACCAAACCGAGGCGUCCGGUGGUCCCCUUUGUCAAGGUUCGAAAGCUCAGCGAUGCCGAGGCCGUGGCCAAGAAGCGACCGGCCAUGGCACCACCAGCUGCUGCUGCGCCAUUGAUCAAGAAAGCUCGAUCCGUGGAAGCUUCCGCCAAAGAAGAAGACCCCAACAAACCUACUCCUCGCAUGACAAGAUCCCGGAUGAGAAAGGCCGGCCAGGAGGCCACAAUCGCAACAGGCCUCGCUGCCCGGACUCGAACGAAUAGGAAGGAAUCACCAGUCAAAGUAAUCAGUAGUCCUGUCAAGGUACAACCACCCACAAAGAAGUCUACUGCUCCUACCAGUGCCACUACUACCACCAUCCAACACGCGCAUAGGAACCCCACCGAGGUUGCGGCAUCAGCCGACAAGUCUACCAGCCAAGAUCAAGCUUCCAAGGAGUCAAAGGAGCCUCUCCUGCCAAUCUCCAAUGAGGCAUCUCACAGCGACUCGGGCUCCGUGACAGGGAGCGUAUCAAGUGCUACCGAAAUCGUCAAGGAGGCGACUGAGACAGCCAUGGCAGCGGCAGCCAACAGCGCGAGCAUAUCCAUUGUCACACCAGUUGGGAGCGAGGAGGCGGUCAGCGCCAAACAGGUAGUCAUGGCAAGCAAGGUCGAGUCGGCCUCCAUAUCUCUGCCAUCCUUACCCAGAUCAUCUGGUGCUACCACCAAAGUUAAGUUGACCAGCACUCUCGUCCCAUGCGAUGACUCAGCCGCAGAUGCAUUACCUGCAGCUGUUGUGAAGGAGGCGUGUAGUACUGGUAGCCAGGCUGCGGCAACUGUCGUGAAGGAGAGGAGUUGCACUACUGGUAGCCAGGCUGCGGCCGACAAGAAGAUUCAACCUCGGCGCUCCUCAUCCAAAGCCAAGAGUAAUGGCAAGUCCUCACCACCACACCUUCCAGAAGUCACCGUGGACACGAGCACAGCUCACAUCCAGGCAUUGACGGGCGAGAAUGGGGCCUCCGUCUGCCUAAGCGCUCGCAAGUGCACUCUUCUAAUCCCAAACCAGUCUGACAAUGACACACCUGCUCCCGUAAAGCCCACGUCUUCUCCUCCGGUACCACUUACGGAAGAAGAACGUGUGCAGCAGAGCAGGGAUCGGAACAGGAAGCAUGCCCGCAACACUCGUCUUCGCAAAAAGGCGUAUGUGGAAGAGCUCAAGCAGACCUUGAAUGAGUUGGUGACCCAACGUGAUACGUCCGCGGCUGUUGAAGAACAGAACCGUCGCCGGGAACUGGAGCAGCGGGAGGUUCGCUUCAUGGUUAUGAAAGAGUUUCUCAAAUUGCGAGGAAGCAACGAGACAGAUAAAAAACGGUGGAGUGCCAUUUUGGUACCCCCAUUCUCAAUCACCAUGCCAAAAACAACGUUUCAGGAGAUGGUGAGCACGACGGAUAGCACUGGCACUGCAUUACAGCAAAAGCUCGUUGGAGUUGAUCAGGUCAUGCAGGAUUCCUGCCAUUUUGCAGCCUUCCUGCAAUCACUCGACAAGAGCAAUAUCCCGGGCAAUGACGGUGCAGUUAAGGACACUUCUUCGAAGUCUAUAUCCUUAGUUUACCACUGUGAUCGCCAGGACUUUCUGAUGGAUGGCUGCAAGGCAGUUGUGGGAUGGAAUGCUACAACCGUGGGAGCAGUUGAUAAGGGAGCAAAAGCAGAGCUAUCCUUUCAUGGAAACUUUCGUGCUCACUUCUGUCCAGAGUCGAAUCGGCUACGCUCGACCGAAUUGAUCUUCGAUACGGGAACAGUAAUGAACCAGUUGGAUGCUUUGAAGGGAUAGAACGAAGCACCCAACCAUUAUGUGGAAUAGCCGUUGCCUCUAGUGGUUAUUACUCUGAGGGGCGCCAAGUGGGGACGGAACGAGUAAUUUGUGCACUUGGUUGACGACAAGUUAGGUGUGCAUACGAAGCGGAGCUUGGCUACUCAGUUCCCUCGCCCAGACCUCCAGCUAAUACACGACAACAUUGAAAGGAAACAAUCAGAAAAAUAAUACAUACACACAGCAACAUGCAAAACACGUAAAAACCGAAGAAGUGCUUCGAGUUAGAUUCACAGCAGUCUCGGGCUGAUGCAUCGUGUUUGGCUGAACGUUUUCAUAUUACUCUACAGUAUUCUAAUACAGACCAUUAAGUUUAUUUUUUCUUU